AUGUCGGGGCUCAGCUACCCAGAGAUGGAGGGCUGUCGUAACCUGCUCGGCCUACUAGACCACGAUGAUAUCAUGGCCCUGUGCGACACCAUCACCAACCGCCUGGUGCAGCCUGAGGACCGCCAAGAUGCCAUUCGUGCAAUAUUAGUGUACAGUCAAAGUGUAGAAGAGCUUUUGAGGCGUAAGAAAGUCCACCGGGAAGUCAUAUUUAAGUACUUGGCAACACAGGGGGUUAUUAUACCUCCAGCUACUGAAAAACACAAUCUUAUUCAGCAUGCAAAGGAUUACUGGAAAAGGCAGUUACAGCCAAAAUUGAAGGAAACACCAGAGCCAGUUAAGACAGAGGACAUGAGACUCUUUCAACAGCCGGAAAAAGAAGAUAAGAAAGCUGAAAAAGUUGAUUUUCGUCGAUUAGGAGAAGAAUUCUGUCACUGGUUCUUUGAACUUCUUAAUUCUCAGAAUCCUUUCCUGGGACCGCCUCAAGAUGAAUGGGGGCCACAGCACUUCUGGCACGAUGUCAAGCUUAGGUUUUAUUACAACACCUCUGAACAAAAUGUGAUAGACUACUGUGGAGCAGAAAUUGUAAGCCUUCGUCUGCUGUCACUAGUGAAAGAAGAGUAUCUUUUUCUCAGUCCCAAUCUAGAUGCCAGUGGACUGAAAUGUGCUUCUUCUCCCCAUGGUCUAGUUAUGGUUGGAGUUGCUGGGACUGUCCACCGAGGGAACACUUGUUUGGGCAUUUUUGAACAAAUAUUUGGACUCAUACGCUGCCCUUUUGUGGAAAAUACUUGGAAAAUCAAAUUUAUCAACCUGAGAAUUAUUGGAGAGGGUUCUCUUACUCCUGGAACAUUAAUGAAACCAGCUAUUACAUUCGAACCUGGUGAUCUAGAGAGCUUUUAUAACGUAAUUACUUCAUGUGGUACCAACGAAAUACAAGUUGAUGUAAGGCAGGCAUUGGAUAGUGGAACUGGAGACCAAGCUUUAUGCAGUGGAGAUGAGGCAUUGUUGAACAAAAGAGAACUGAGUUUACCCAACCCUCUAAAGCAUUGAGCACUGUAUGUCAGUCUACAAAAUACAGAAACUCUUCCAAAUAUCACAUCAGUAAUGUUUAAGUGGUUUCAGAUGGGAGGAUUGACA